UCCUCAGUGUCUGCAGAGCCUCUCCAAUCCAGCUUUGUUGUGCUAGUCCUGUGCCUCGCUGUACCCCUGGACUGCCCCUGGAGCACUCAAAACCAGCUGACUGGACCUCACCACACCCCGAAAACCAGCUGACUGGACCUCACCGCACCCCAAAAACCAUGGGACUCAGACUGUGCCUCAGUCUGGCUGUGAUAGCUGCUGUACUGUCAGUGUCAGUGCAGGGUCCUCACCAGCGCUCUCUCCUCAAGGAGCUCCUGAAGGAUUAUCAGCGUAUGGAGCGUCCCGUCAGCAAUGACUCCCAGCCCCUCCCUGUGUACUUCUCUCUCAGCCUCCUGCAGAUCAUGGAUGUGGACGAGAAGAACCAGGUCCUGACAACCAAUAUUUGGCUUCAGAUGAACUGGUAUGAUCACUACCUGCGCUGGAACCAGUCUGAAUAUCCAGGAGUGAAAAGCCUGCGAUUCACAACGGACCAGGUGUGGACACCUGACAUCCUCCUGUACAACAGUGCUGAUGAUGACUUUGACUCCACCUACAAGACGAAUGUCCUGGUGAACUCCAGUGGGUACUGCCAGUACCUGCCCCCAGGUAUCUUCAUGAGUACCUGUAACGUGGAUGUUCGCUGGUUCCCCUUCGAUAUCCAGCGCUGUAAGCUCAAGUUUGGCUCCUGGACCUACGACGGCUGGCUGCUGGACCUGCAGAUGGUCGACGCUGAUAUCUCGGGGUACAUGCCCAACGGGGAGUGGGACCUGGUGGGUGAGUACGGGGGGUGGGUGGGGGUCUGUGGCUGGGAGAGAGAGUUCUGCCAGGCUGAGGGAACUCAGCCUCACCCUGGGUCCAUUUAG